AUGAUGAAACAGGCUACCAUGGAUUUCAGCACCCCAUCUGUGUUCGAUCAGCAAAGAGGUGACUCAUCUGAGGAAGUUGACUUGACCAUGGUUUAUCAGGCAGCUUCUAAUGGAGAUGUCAAUGCUCUGACCGCAGUGAUUCGGGAGGACCCUUCCAUCCUAGAAUGCUGUGACAGUGAAGGAUGCACGCCCUUGAUGCAUGCGGUUUCUGGACGUCAGUUGGACACGGUGAAGCUACUGCUGAAGAUGGGAGCCAAUAUUAACAUGCAGGACGCUUACGGCCGCACAAGUUUAUGCCUGGCCACCUACUUGGGUUGGCUCGAAGGCUGUGUGAGUCUACUCAGAAAUGGUGCCAAGCACAAUAUCCCGGAUAAAAAUGGCCGUCUGCCACUGCACGCUGCCACUGCAGAGCCCGACGUGAGGCUCCUAACAGUCCUGCUGCAACAGUCCAACCUUGGUGAGAUUAAUCACCAGGACAACGAGGGAAUGACCCCACUCCACUGGGCGGCUUUCCACAACCAGCCUCAACACACACAAAUGCUGUUGAAGAAGGGUGCAGACCCCACCCUUGUGGAUAAAGACUUUAAAACGGCUCUGCAUUGGGCAGUGCAGAGUGGAAAUAGAAUUCUGUGCUCCAUCAUCCUGAGCCAUCACCAGGGGCCAUCCAUAAUCAACUACGAUGACGAGAGUGGGAAGACAUGUGUGCACGUGGCCGCAGCCGCGGGUUUCAGCGACAUUAUUAACGAACUGGCAAGAGUCCCUGAGUGUAACCUACAGGCCUUGGAUGUGGAUGACAGGACCCCUCUGCACUGGGCUGCAGCUGCAGGGAAGGCAGAAUGCGUCCAGUCACUGCUGGAGCUGGGCAUGGACAGCAACCUGAGGGACAUCAAUGAGAGCACGCCACUGGCCUAUGCCCUGUACUGCGGCCACACGGCAUGUGUCAAACUCCUCUCCCAAGAGAGCAGAGCAGAGCCUACGCGACCUCUUCCCUCCCAGGACAGUAGACCCCAGAAGAAGGAGGGACGGUUCAGUGUUCUCAACCAAAUCUUUUGCAAAAACAAGAAAGAAGAGCAAAGAGCCCACCAAAAGGAUCACAGCCGGGACCAACACAGUGGGGACAACACCUCGGAAGUUGAUGACAUCAUCACCACCUUUGACAGCAUUGUGGGUACCAACUGCCAAGAACAGCCUGGUGAUCAGGUGGCUAUGGUUGAAUUUAAGAAGAGGACCUCAGAGAAUUCAAAAUAUCUCUUGCCAGAAAAGAAACCUCUGGCCCGUAAGGGACUUCCACCAAUCAGAACGCAGAGUCUCCCACCCAUCACCCUGGGCAAUAACUUCCUGACAGCCCCCCACGGGGCCGCCUCCCACGCAGGCCUGAGCUCUGGUCCUCACCACACCACCCAACAAUCUCAGAAAAGCCGGAGUGAGCAGGAUUUACUCAAUAACAGAACCGGCUGCCAAAUGUUGCUAGACAACCCCUGGAAAAACGAUUCUAAUCCGGUGUUCUCCUACAAAGCAUGGACUGUGUCUUCUUCUGAUAAACUGCUAGACAGAUUGCUCACUGGCCGGCCCGGUCGCCAGGAUGUCUCAGUGCCACAGCUUCCUCAUCUGCACAGUCCAUCAUCAGGUAAUAAUGGACAUCAUCUCUCCCCAAGCAGACCCAAAAUCAGGGAUCUUCCUUUUACUCGGAACAACCUAGCUCCCCUACCAGACCAAAAAUUUCUCUCUGGAGAACCUCUACGGACAAACCGAGUGCUACCUGCUAUCCCAAGUCAGCGGGGACACGGCACACCAGCUGAAGGCAGUGAGCCCUCUGCCAGUCCCUCAAGGGAUGAAAACUGA